AUGUCAGAUGUACCUUUAGGGCCCAAAAUCAUAUCGGCAUGUUGCGGCUCCCUGGUGACGUCUGUAGUGGUUAAUCCAUUCGAUGUGAUUCGGGUUAGAAUGCAGCAGGACUCUGCAAUCAGUACUGCGAAGAUCGCUCCCGAGCCGACGCCAGUGAAAUUUACGCCAUCGCCGUCAACACUAAUCAUGGAAAGCCUGCCACAGAACCCUUGUGAUCCCAAGGUGUGCUGCAAGUCGCCGUUUUGGUAUCCGUCAACCAUGGACUAUUGCCAGGCCCCGGAUCUCGCCUGUACCCGGGGGCGAAUGCCCGGGACAGUUGGGUUGAUGGCUACGAUAGGCCGGGACGAAGGAGUUUCUGCCUUAUGGAGAGGACUGGGGCUCCAGCUUGUACAGAGUAUUCCCGCCAAUGUGGUCUAUUUCAUUGCCUACGAAAAUCUUCGCGAUUCAAUGUUUUUCCAAAACCCGAUCGCGACACCAUUGAUCGCCGGUGGAGCUGCUCGUGCGCUGGCAAGCACGGUUGUAUCACCGCUAGAGCUAUUCAAGACUCGGCUCCAAAGUUUGAAUACCCCAAAUGCAUAUAAAAUUGCCUUGCAAUCCGUGACAAAAGCUGUGGAAAUGGACGGUGUUCGAUCUCUGUGGAGCGGAUUGGGAUUGACGCUUUUCCGAGAUAUUCCGUUCUCGAGUAUUUACUGGGCGGUUGUAGAGUUGAUCCGUGAUGCAAUGCCUCGAAAACAAGAGUCCCACCGAGAGGCGCUGUUCCAAUCUAUCGUGGCCGGAACCAUUGGUGGUGCGACUGCUGCGAUUUUCACUACGCCGUUCGACGUAGCCAAGACCCGCCGGCAGCUAAGCCACUACUCUUCCGAAUCUGCACAUAUGCGCAUGACCGCCUUCAUUGGACAUAUAAUUAAAACAGAAGGCUGGCGCGCACUAUUUUGUGGGUUGACCCCACGGCUUUUGAAGGUCGCACCGGCGUGUGCGAUUAUGAUCUCAUCUUAUGAAACAGGCAAAAUGUUUUUUAAACCGCCUACGAAAAACUGA